CUCCAACAUACAUUCGUCCAACAUGUCGAUCCCAUUUGCAACCGAACAGCAAGUCGCGAUUGCCGCAGUGCGCCGCGCUUGCACACUUACCACUGCGGUGUUCAAUAACCUUGUCAAGGGGGAGACCCUUGUCAAAGGCGACAAGAGCCCAGUGACGGUUGCGGAUUUCUCUGCGCAGGCCGUCAUCAAUACUGUUCUUUUACACGCUUUCCCUUCCGAUCCCAUCGUCGGCGAAGAAGACGCAGCUGAUCUGCACGACAACGAUGCACUGCGCUCUCGAGUUGUUGAACUCGCAAACGACUGUUUGAAGGCUGAGCUUGGCCAGGGCGAGAUGGCAGAGUGGGGCCUUGGGCGCACUCGCACAGAAGCAGAGUUACUGAGUGCGAUUGAUCGCGGACAGUACGAAGGUGGACGGAAGGGGCGCAUGUGGACCCUCGACCCCAUCGAUGGGACGAAGGGCUUUCUCCGCGGUGAACAGUACGCUGUCUGUCUCGCGCUCCUGGUCGAUGCUCGAGUAGAACUCGGGGUCAUCGGUUGCCCAAACCUUCCCCUCGACCCAUCGAAUCCCUCUGGUCCUCGGGGCUGUAUUUUUGUCGCCGUUCGCGGUCAGGGCGCGCAGCAGCUCACACUUUCCGGCGGCUCUCCAAUCUCGCUCAAGAUGCCGGAGCUCCAGCCCUCAGAGCUCAACCUACUCGAGUCCGUCGAAUCGGCGCAUGCAGCGCUCGGUGUUAAUGAUCGAGUUGCCAAGAUUCUCGGUGUCACGCGUCCCCCCACGCGGAUGGACUCACAAGCGAAGUACGGUGCUCUCGCACGAGGCGAUGGAGGUGUAUACCUGAGAUUACCUACGGGUGUUGGGUAUCGCGAAAAAAUAUGGGAUCAUGCACCUGGCGCGUUGCUAAUUGAGGAAGCCGGCGGCGUUAUUAGCGAUGGACGCGGAGAACCGCUCGAUUUCGGUCAAGGCAGGACACUUGGAGAGAACUUUGGUGUCGUGGCCACUGGAAAGGGGAUCCAUUCCAAAAUUAUCGAGGCAGUGAAAUGGGCACAAGGAGAGAUGGCUAAGUAGGGGGUGUUCAUCGAACAUUGAGCGUACCCUUUCUGAUUUUUGCCGGAUCAGAAAUCCAGUCGCGGCCCUGUAACAUCGCAAAUACGCUUUUGUAAAUAUACAAUGUAACCUCAGACACGUUGUGUAUCUCGG